UGGAGACCUGGGUCAGAGGACUGCUUGCUGCGUGCCUCUCUCUGAUCAUCCCACAAAGCCUGUGGAUCUGUGCCUCCCGGCCAUGAGGACCCUCAUCCUCCUUGCUGCCAUUCUCCUGGCGGCCCUGCAGGCCCAGGCUGAGCUCUUCUCAGUAAAUGUCGAUGAGGUUCUAGACCAACAGCAGCCAGGGUCGGACCUUACAGGGGAGGAAAGCUCUGCUCUUCAAGUUCCAGAUACAAAGGGCAUCUGUGCUUGCAGAAGACGCUUUUGCCCGAAUUCUGAACGCUUUUCGGGGUACUGCAGAGUCAAUGGAGCCCGCUAUGUACGCUGUUGCAGCAGAAGAUGAAGAACAGAAAAACGGAUUCCUUAUUUGCUUUUACAAUUCAAGGGAAACUGUUUCCACUCCUCUGCUAUGUCCUUUGCUUUCCUACCCCAAAUAAAAUUCUUGAAG